CAAAGUAUGCAUCUUUGGAAUAGCUCGUUUUAUAUGUGAAAAGCUGCGCACCUUAGUUUAUGUCAACUAUAGAGUGUAUACAAUAUAUACGUAAAGGGUGGUUGUGUUUGCGAUAUUGAAUAUGACAGAAAUGCUCGCAAAGUUAGGAAUUUAUUUCGAUGACUUGACCAAAAUACGAAUUCUCGAACCGGAAGUAGCCGAACAGACAAAUGAGCUGAAUGAAGAAUGCAAAACUUUUGUGGAAAAAAUAACGGAAUUUCAAAAACUAGUUGAUGGUUUUAUAUCAGUGAUGGAAAAUUUGGCAAAAGAAGUGGAAAGGGAGAAAAUGAAAGCAAUUGGAAUAAGAAAUAUGCUUAAGUCUGUAGCAAAACAGAGGGAGUCUGAGCAGCAACAGUUACAGGCGCUAAUAAUCGAGAAAUCCACAGAACUGGAACGGCUUCGAAUACAGCAUCAGUCAUUACAGAAAACUGAACAAGAGCAAGAAGACAUAAUUGAAAAUCUGGUACUGAAUCACUGAUUUUGAAAUACUUGUGUUGUUCUUGUUAGCUAAGAAACAAAUGAAAGUUGUGAAUACAAUGUGACAUCACUGUGGUGCAUUUUCAGUAUCAAUUAUCACUUAACAUUAUUUCACAGAAAAGUCACUACAUUAUGAAUGUGUAACAGGUCCCUCUCAUUGUUCAAAUACUGUACUAGUGUGCAAAGAAGUACUGUUUUUCCAAAAAUACUGGAAAGUACAAUUACAGUAAAAAUGAUGAAAUUUUCUCAAAGUAAAAAGUCUUAUUGAAAAAUAUAUUAAAAUGACAAAUAAGAUAAAAUGAACCAUUUCUAACUAUGUUAUCCAAUAAAACUGGACAUAUACUGUCUUGGGGUGUACCUUCUACAACUAUCCCAAGUCUGAUAUUUGAACAUAAAUAUUGUACAUACUGAUGUCAAUUUCACAAUAUAUGUGCAACUUGAGGCAGAGAACUGAAAUCUUCACAUAGCUUGGACAGAAACGUGCUGUCAAGUAUGUAUAUCUCAAGUACAUCACUAAUCAAACAAAGAAUCCUUAAUAUGAUUACUCCUCUUCAAAUAAAAAUGAACAUGUCUCUCAAUUCCUUCAGAAAAGAAGUGACCAUCACUUGUCUUUAGCACUGUGAAUCUGAAGACUCAGCUGUGUACCUGAGAUUUCGCAAGAUAAACAACUGUAAGACUUAAAAUACAAUUCACACGGUUGACACUUCUUCAGUUUUUGGACGCUUCACGGAUUCUUCCUCAGGUCUUGGUGAUAAACAGCGUUUUCCUGAUUUUUCAUUGCAGGAAGCAUCUGCUGAUAAAAACUGGACAAUAACAGCAGUCAUGUUGUCACAUCCAGUUCCAUCACCAACUGUACUUGGUGCCAAACAGUGAUCAAACAGCUGAAAGGUAAAGAAAGCACAUUACAAACCAGUAAUUAUUUGAUGACAUGGUGUGGCAAAGUUUACUGCUAAUAUUGGAAGUAGACAUCUGAAAAGUUCAAGGGAUUUACCAAUCUGAACUAAGUGUUAAAUUCACAUCUGUAAAAUAUAAAUUCACAACAGUUUCAUAUACUAUUAAUUCAGGUAAUUGUUAUACUAAAUGGUUGCUACUAACACAUUA